GGUUCCUCACGACCGCCAUUUUGGAGUCAGAGAAUCUGUGUUGGUGUACAUAAUACUAUGUACGUGUAGUAUUAUGGUUUAGUUGUGUGAGUGAACAGAGUAAGCAAAACAUAGUUUAAGAUGUAAUCAGAAAUAACCAAAACAUAGUUUAAACACAUUCCAAAAUACUAGUGAGAAUUUUCAGAAGAAAAAUAAUUACAAUGCUGACUGUAGUACAAAAGAGUGCAAAAAACGAAAAUAAUUUUUGACCUGAUGGUAUGUGGUUAAUCAGCUGAGCCACGAUCGCCGCCAUUUUCGAGCCAAACCGUGAGAAGUGGAUGAGAGGACCUGACUUUGUUCCGUUUCUCUAUUUACAGACCUUGGUUUUGGCCUCGCUGACAAAAAGUUUUAAAGCUCGAGAUGAUUGAAUCUUGCACGAAGAAACGAAUGUUGUUAGGUAUUACAUUUCUAGGAGGAUUGACUAUUUUAGCCUUAAUUAUCGAAAGUCAUUGGACAGAUAGUUCGAGCAAACUUUAUAUUGAUAACUUUGAAAAUAAUUCCAUCUGUAUCUCGGGCGAAGAAUACGAGGUGUUAUCUGAGUGUCAUCCGUGCACAGCCUUUGAAAUUGCAAGCGAAAGUAUUGGUAUUUGUGUUCAUGCCAGAUACAAAGAGGUGUUGAAGUGUAGAAGCGGAGAAACAAUAACAAGAAGUUGUGAUAAAGUAGCUUGGUUAGAGGAAAGAACAUUUUGGAAGUUUGAAGGUAUUAUGUUUGCCCUAGCGGUUACUUCCUGUCUCAGCAUAUAUUGGAGAGAGAAUGUGUUAAGACAGAGAAUAAUCAAGAAAGUAGCUAGACAAUUACGGGUUAGUGUAUAAAUAUCUAUAGCGUAUAAAUAUCGUGCAUUUUAAAUCGUGUUAGUAGUAUAUGUG